AUGUCAGAAGGUAAGAAACUUAUAGAUAACGACUACGUUGAUUGUAUAUUUUGCAGAAUUUCCAACUAGAUCGAGUACAAGAAAACGGAAAGCAACAAAACGCGCAGACUUCGUAUAUUUCGAUGGAAAAAACAAUGCAAGCAUCGAAAAUGAAGCUGUCGUGGAAGAACCGCCGAAUAAAUUGCUGUGUGAUUUGAAAGAAAUGGAUACCCUUGAUAUUAUUUAUGCUCAUUUGGAGGUUGGUUUUUUGCAAAGUUUUUGUUUUUCAUAACAAAUAACAUUAUAACCUUCGAAGAUUUCUUGAAAAUCAACAAUAUAAAGAACGAUUAAUUAUUAGUCACACCGGAAGGCCUGAAACAUAUAAUUUUAGUUUUUUUUUGUUUUAAAUAACAUCUUGAACAAGUUCAACACAGCACUUUGAAGUGUUGAAAAUUCGAGCAAAGUUUGUUUUUUUCAAAUUCAUAAUUGAAUGUUUGAUUGAAUUUAAUAAAUCAAGGCAAUGGUUUUUUUCAGAGUUUGGAACGUCGUAUGGAUUUGAUAACAAAGAAUUACAAUUGUUUGAUCGAUACAAAUCAAUCACUUUCGUUUCAAAAGUCUCAAUUUCUCGGAAAUUCGUCGUUGAAAGAAUAUAAAUAUACGGAAUCCGACGAAGUUGCGAUCGGAAUUGUUAUGGAGAAAUGUCUUCGAGUUAUAUCACAUUUUCAUAAGUAA